AUGGCGUCCUUCACCUCUAGCACUGUAUCCGCACCCGCCCGUUUGCUUGGAGUGGAUAAUUCUACCAGUCUGUCGACUUCUCUUUCGUCUGCACGCAGCUCCAAUCGCGUGUCCGUUUCGCUUGAGGUUCUGUGCCAAUCCUUCAGCACAGGGCUCAAGAAAUUGCCGCGUUCUAAGCCCUUGAAACACUGCAGGAGCAGUUGCGCUGCGCCUGCCACAAUUCUGAGCGAAGUUACGAAGAGCAAUGUGGAUUCAAUUCCUGUCCUUUCGCGAACAGAGGUGGCGGAGAGGCUUGCUGACCACAAGCAUCCUAAUCAACAAAACUAUCGCGCGUUUUACUCGAGUGUGAUCGGUGGAAUCACGAAGGAUCCAGCAGCUAUGGUAAUUCCUAUCGACGAUCACAUGGCUCACAGAGGCCACGCUGUUUUUGACACCGCCAUUAUUUGCUCAGGGUACUUAUAUGAGCUCGAUGAGCAUGUUGACCGUUUUAUUAGGUCAGCUCGUGCGGCAAGAAUUGAACACCCAUAUUCUCGGGAAGAGCUUAAAGCUAUUAUCAUCCAGACUGUCGCUGUCAGCGGAGUUAGGGACGGCAGUACUCGAUACUGGCUCUCAGUCGGACCUGGUGGUUUCACAUUAUCCACUAAAGAGUGUCCAAGAAGUACCAUUUAUGUCAUGGUCGUUGCAGAUGAUAAGUUUACAAAGCUGGAGGCUCCAGUUGACGGGGUUACAGUGGCUACGUCAAGUGUUCCAAUGAAAGCUCCAAUGUUCUCAACAAUGAAAAAUGUAAAUUACAUGCCCAAUACCCUGGUGAAGAAGGAGGCUGAAGAGAGGGGUGUGUUUGAAGGCAUUUGGAUUGAUGAGAACGGCAACAUUGGAGAAGGUCCCAGCAUGAAUGUUGCUUUUGUUAAUGACAAAAACGAGUUUCUGGUUCCUGAGUUCAGCCGGGUAUUGGCAGGGUGUACAAUGAAGCGAGUUUUGGCACUUGCAGAAGAACUGUUGAAAGAAGAUGCAGUUCCUAGAAUAAGCAGGAUAUGCCACCGGGCAGUUUCAGAGGCUGAAGCACGACAGUGCACUGAAAUGAUGCUUGUGGGCAGCGGGGUGUUGGUAACUCCUGUGAUUCGAUGGGAUGACCAAGUCAUUGCAAGCGGUUCUCCAGGGGCAGUUACCAUGGCAUUGCGGAAGCUGUUAGCAGCGGACCUACAUGGGCGUCACUCUCGCAUUCAGGUGUCCAAGGUGCAGCGUAUCGCCUCCAUGUUUGAAUGCGAGCCGCCAUCGCCGUCCACGGCAAUCUCACUCUCACGCCGUGUCGCCGGCAACAGCACCGCCAAAAUUCAGUACAAGCGAUCCCAAUCGGACCGUCCAGGUCUAACUGGCGAUCCCCAGCAGCCCGUCAGACGACAGCCAAUCCCCUCCCCAAGAACAGUCGAAACUUCCGCCUUGCGAAGCGACCCAAGCGGGGAACUCGUCGGCGGCGGAGAGCAGUUGACGGAGGAGCAAUUGGCGGAAGAGGGGUUGGACGGCAUGAGCAUGGAGGAGAUGGAAGCGCUCUGCGAGAUCAUGGCGCUCGAGGAGUCGCAAGCCCGCGCGGCGCGCAUGGAAGCGCUGGGCUACGAGGUGGCGGGCGGGGAGGGGCGCGAGGAGUACCGCAAGGAGGGGGAUGGCGGGGAGGGCGGAUGGUGGCAGGUGGGGUACAGCGACGGGCGCGCGGGUGGAGAGGAGAGCGGUGGUGGGGAUGCGGAAGGCGGGAGGACAGGAGGCGGGGAAGAGGUUGCAGUGGUUGUUGGGGAUGACGAAGAGGGUGACUAUAAGGAGGGAGGCUCGGUGGGCUCCCUGAUUCGAUCCAUCGAGGGGCUACCCAAGAAGAACAAGCAGCAACCGCAGCCACUCUCUCCAGAAAAAACGCCAGGCAAAUCGCGCAAGUCGUCAGGCGGAAAGAAGAGCAGGGAGAAGCGCAGAGGCGAGCCGGGGGGCGCGGACGCCGUCGCGGGCGCGAUUGAGCGGUUCAGCGGCAGCGGGAAGGACCCUGGGAGACUCUCAACGUCCCGAAUGACGGCGUCCACGUCAGAACCGUCGCUGGCUCUCGCCGCUGCUGGCGCGACCGCGGGGAAUCGGCGCUAUGGCCUGGCAAAUGGCGGCACCGCCUCGCCUAUGGAAGACAGGCCGGCGGGAAUGGCGGGUGGUGGAGCAGCGAGGGGCUCUGCGGGACUGAGCGGGGAGUUCCCGCUGGAACUGUUGUCCAGUCCCUCUGUCUCUGUUGUCGAUGCUGAGCUGUCAAAGAAGAAGACUGAGGUGGCGCGAUACGAAACUGAGCUGGCACGGCGCCGUGCUGAGCUGAACCGACUGAGAGUUGAGCUGGCGAGUGUGAGUGUAGAGAAGGUGCAAGCGGAAAUCGCGCUGAAUCGGUUAAAGCAGGAAGUAGAGGACUGGUCGUAUGUUCCCUCGGAAGGGACAGGGCAGGGAGGAAACGAAGCGGACGAGGCAGGGGAAGCAGGCGAAAACGGUGCGUCUGAUGUGAAGAAGGAUGGGGACGGAGGAAGCAGCGAAGGGAGUUCCUCUCCUGGCCGGUUGAAGGCGCAACUGGGGAAGGUGAGGCUUGAGAAUGAGCGACUGAAAAGACGAGAGAAGAGCCUCACUGCUGACGUGGAAUACAUCGAAACCAUGCUGGCGCAGGAGAAGGGCGAGUCAGCAUCGCUGCGGCGUGAGCUGGCGGAGGUCAAACAGCAGAGAAAAGAUCUUGACAAGGAGCUCUCAGCUGCCCAGAAAGAACUCUCCUCCCUCAGGCGAUCAGCAGCAGUGGCAGAGAGGCGGGCAGCAGCAGAGGAAGCAGACGCGGCGCUGCUGCGGCAGCAGCUGCAGAAGGCACAGGCGGCGGAGAUGGGGUUGCUGGAGCAGCUGCAGCUGGCGACGAAGGAGGCGAUGGGGCUAAGGAAGACGCUGGUGUGGAGCAAGGAGACGCGCGAGGACGCGGAGGAGUGGCAGCGCGGGCUGCAGGGCACGCUGGCGGAGCAGGUGCAGCGCAACGGCGAGCUGGAGGUGAAGGGCGGCGAGAUGAUGGCAAGGCUGCUGGCGCUGGAGAAGGAACUCGCUGAGGAGCAGCGAAGGCGGAGCGCUGCUGAAUUCGAGGCACGUGAUGCAGUGGCAGCAAAGGAGUUGCUGGAGGAGGAGGUGAUGCUGCUGAGGCACACCAGAGGGGUGAUGAAAGAUGCAUUGUUGCAAGGGGAGGGGGACGGUGGGGAGAGGAGGGCAAGCAGGAGAGCAGAGGAAGCGGUAGUGGGGGAUGGGAGUGUGAAGGUGGCUUCUUCUGACGGGCUCAAGAUGGAGGUGCCUGCUCGAGUGUGGGACAUUCUCGACCAGGUGGAGGAGACGAAGGCGAGGGGCAUGGUGGAGAGGGACGAGUUGACGCGCCUGCACUGGCUGACGGCCUGCGUGCGUGGCGAGCUGCACAAGGCCAGAGAGCAUUUGAGAUUCGUAUCAGCAAUGGAUUCGCUGCGUGCACGGAGUCGCUUAACGCCGAGACCGUCUCAUCUUCCCGCUACCAUGUUCUCGAUCUUUGUCCUCGUCGCCUCUUCCUCCUUACUCCCCCUUCCGGCUCGAUCGUCCAGCGCAUUCCUUCGGUCCCGUGGCGACGAGUGGGCAGAUGCCGCUGUGCGAUGGCUCAUGCGACAAGCAAACGGCUCUGACGAUGGUAUCGCACGUCGCUCGCUAGUCGGGAGUCGAGCAUCAGCAGGUUGCGACUACCGAAGAGGGAGCUGGGUGCCCACGUCCACCAUCCCCAACUACAAGCCGCCCUACGCCAGCGGCUGCGCCGGGGGCUUUUCGUGUGACACUAACGGGCGCAACCCCGCCGGAUACGUGUGGGUGCCCGCGCCGCCUUGUUCCUACGACCAAUGGAGAUUCAAUCCCAAGACGUUUCUCGAGACCAUGCGGAACAAAGUCGUCGCGUUUGUGGGUGAUUCGCUAAGCGACAACCUGCACGCGUCGUUCCAUUGCAUCCUCUCCGCGUACACAAAAAUCGAGUUCAAGAAGUCGUGGCUGGGCGGCGCGCGGCCGGUGGGGUCGUUGUUCGCGGCGCAGUACAACUUCACGCUGCUCUCCAUCAACAGCGGCUACAUCGUGCAGAGCCCCCGAUACUACAAGGACCAGACGCAGCCAUACGUGGUGAAUCCCAAGUGGGCGGGCGUCCUGCCCUACACGCACGCCAUCAUCUUCAGCGCCGGCCACUGGUUCUUCCACCCGCCAAACUCAAAGCUGGGUUCCAACCCCAAUUGGCAGCCCAUGGGGGCAUACCGCAAGGCCAUGGGCGUUCUCUAUGACUACUUUGAGAAAACACCCUACAGCGGCCUCCCUAUAUUCAUGACCUUUUCCCCCAUUCAUGCCGGGAAUGAGUGCGCCACGGCCAAUGCCCCCUUGGCCAACGAGACCGAUGGCGUUGCGCAUCUCAAUGGGUACACCAUGCCGGCUAUGAGAAAGCAAGUGUCCAUAUUCAAGCGAUCGAAGAAGAUUCGGGUUGCGCAGAUCACUUACAUGAGUGCUAUGCGCCCCGAUGCGCACUUACGGGCAAAGAGAAAGGACUGCAGCCACUGUCUUGAUACGAAACGAGACUCGCAUAUUCUCUCGCCAUUAGGCCUCCUUCCCCGUUCUUCCGCCACUGCUGCCGUCAUAGUAGCAAUGGCGCGCAAAGAGCGGGCGAGUGCGUCGUCAGCGUUAGCUGACGUGGCGUGGAUGGCGGGCGUGGCGACGUGCGUGAAGCUGCUGCUGGUGCCGGCGUAUCGCAGCACGGACUUCGAGGUGCACCGCAAUUGGCUCGCCAUCACUCACUCGCUGCCGCUCUCGCAGUGGUACAGGGACGCGACGAGCCAGUGGACGCUGGACUACCCGCCGCUCUUCGCCUUGUUCGAGCGCUGCCUCGCGCUGCUCGCGUGCCGCGUCGACCCGCUCAUGACCCACCUCGUUAACGGCCUCCAGCACGCCAGCUACGCCACCGUGCUGUUCCAGCGUGUAUCAGUGAUGGCCACGGACUGCCUGCUCGCCGUGGCUGCAUGGCGCUGCACACGCGGCCUGCCCUCACGGGCGCACCGCAACGUGGCGGCGGGCGCGGUGGUGCUGUCAGCAGGGCUGCUGCUGGUGGAUCACAUGCACUUCCAGUACAACGGCAUGCUGCUCGCCAUGCUGCUGCUCUCCCUCUCGUUCCUCGCUGUAAGUCUCUCACAUGAUGCCUCUGCGCCAUGCGCCGCUGUUGCUUUUGCUGCUGUGUCUUUCGUUCAAUCAAUCCCCAACCUGCUCGCCCGUCUGUUCCCCUUCGGUCGUGGUCUCAUGCACGCCUACUGGGCGGCCAACUUCUGGGCCCUCUACACCCUCGCUGACAAGCUUCUUGCAGCUGCAGCUUCGGCAGCAGGCUCGGUAGGAGGUCCGGGAGUGGGAGGGAAGGGCGGGUGGACCCGGGGGUUGGUGGGGGAUGCAGUGGGGUUCAGUGUGGUGCCGCAGGUGACGCCGCUGGCGUCACUGCUGCUGGUGCUGGCUGCUAUGGCGCCCGUUCUGCUGCAUAUAUGGUUUAGACCCUUCGCCUACAUCUGUAGUGAUGACUCUGAUGCUGCUCACAGGGAUGGUGGGGAGAGAGAUGGUGCUGACAAGGGUGGGAAAGAGGGUAAGGGGAGUGAACCCCAUGGCACGCCCACAGGGGAGCAGCGGCGGUGGAGUAUGCAGGCCAUAGCAGCGGCGCUGGCGCACGUGUUUCUGAGUGCGUUCCUGCUGGGGUGGCACGUGCAUGAGAAGGCCGUGCUGCACUUCCUGCUGCCACUCUCCCUCCUCGCCUCCUCCUCCCCCGCAUGGGCCUCUGAGUUCCUCAUUCUCGCCACCGUAUCACACUACGCUCUCCUCCCCCUGCUCUUCACACUCCCCGAGUACCCCAUCAAGAUCCUCCUACUCUCACUCUUCUCCCUCGCCCUCCUCCUCUCCUCCCUCUGCAUCUUCUCCCCCACUCCCAACGGCCAACCCACUUCCUCAACACACCAACCGCGUCCUUUCCAAAACUCUUCGAAUCCACAACUCCCCGAGUUGCAGUCCCCAUCGUGGUUGCACAGGCUACGAGUGGCGCAUGCUCUGGGUGUUUUACCCUUGGAAAUGCUGUGCCAGCUGCUGUACCACCACCCACGGCUGCAUGCGCGCUUCCCUUUCCUUCCGCUGCUCCUCACCUCUGUGUACUGUGCACUGGGCAUCACUGUAGCUUGGGCUGUACAGUUGCAUGCUAUUGUCAGAUCCUCCUGA